AUGGGGCCCCCGGGCAAUAGGGGAUCAUGGGCCCCUGUGUCCAAACAAAAAAAGCCUUGAAAAAGAUACCAGGGGCAUUCAUGGGGCCCCCUACGGACCCUGGCCCUGCAAGUUUCCAAAUGGUCCCGCCCCUGCCGAUGGCAGAUCACUGUACCAGCCUGCUGCCAGUAUCAUGUGAUCACUGUGACCUAUCACAGCAGAUUAUAUGACAAUUGUAAACAAUGAAUAGCUAUGAUUGAUUCCAUUUAUUGUGUACAAUUGUGUCACUAGCUGUGAUUGGUCACAGUGAUCACAUA